AAAACCAAAUAAAAAAAAGUGAUAACUACUGCAAAACGCGUUUUACUUAAAACACACUCUCAAUGACUUUUCCUUCUCCUUAUCGUUCUGUACACAUCUCUAUAAGUUUAUGGGUCUAGACUUUGCACUGUGAGUCAUCUCCUUUAGUCAACGUCGUUUCUUGUUCUUGACCUACACGUUUCGCAGGAGAUCAGAAACCUAGAAAAGAAACAACAAUGACUGAUCAGCACAAUCAACCUCCCGUUGGUGUCCCUCCUCCUCAAGGUUAUACACCAGAGGGGUAUCCACCGCAGGGAUAUCCGCCGCAAGAUUACCCACCGCAGGGCUACCCACAGCAAAGCUAUCCUCCUACGUAUGCGCCGCAAUAUCCUCCACCACAGCAGAAUCAGCAGCCGCAUCAACAGAGCAGUACUACUGGGUGUCUACAAGGAUGGCUCAAGGAGAGUGCUUACCCAAGAGAAGUCUUAAGAUACGGAAUAGGUUCAGUUUAAAAAAAAAAGGUUCAGUUGAAGUACGUGUUCAUAAAUAUCAACUCAACUUCAUGGGAUGUACAGCAUAUAUACUUUCAGAAUAGCAUACAUUAAAGAUAAUGAUAUUAUCAAGCAUCAUAGGUUUAAAUCCACAUGGUGAAGAAUAAUCAGUGGUAAAUAGUUAUGAAGAUAUGUGCAUAUCUCUUCCUUUUUUCUUCAGUAAUUCAGUAAAUCUGCUUGCUUGGGAUUUUGUUUUAAUUGAUUCUAGGUCUCUAAUCGUCUAUAUUUUUAUCCUUGUUGUUUAUAGUUUUAUGUUUGAUUCCAAAGAAUUCGUGUAAUUCUGAUGGUCUUUUUAUUCCAGAGGACAUUCAUAUUCGUGAUGGCUUUGUUUCCUAAUUAUAUAUCUCAAAAUUGUAUCUUAUCUCUGUAUCUUUCUAAGAUUAAUGGAAAUUUUAGUGUGAAAAAAAGUUGCUUGUCAUUGA